GACAGGGGAGACACGCGGAAACACGGAAGAGAGGACUUGUGCAGCCAAAAGCUGACACGCUAAGUGCAUAGACGAUUAUGAGCUUCUGAGUACUGCGACACAAUUGGGUACAUCGACAGAUACAGGGAUUCAAACAGCAUCAACGAAGCCGGGGGAAGUGUGUUUCAACAAACACAUACUACAAAGAUAGGGAAAGAUAUCGCUUCCACGGAAAAAGACAUACGUUAACAUGAGUCUGGCGGUAUGCCUUUUCCCAGGCUCAUUAUCGAAUGAAUGAGAAUCUGCGGGGCGGGGGGUAGAGCGAAGUCCUCGUGUAGCCAGUGAAACUGCUUCCAAUGUGUUCAAACCCCGGCCCGGUCCUCCAGGUUCAAGGCCGCUUGAGCUCCUCUCAAUACAGAAAAAAAUUGCAAAGAUAAUUAAGGAAUAUGCUAAAUGUGGUGGGUGGAAAUGAAGGCCAAUUCUGCCGGUUUCCGCCGUGCCAGCGCCCUCUGUCUAGAUAUCCAUGCAGUUCCUUAGAUACAGGAACGGAAACUCGACGCGGGAGAUCUAGUGCAUAAACAACAAGCAUACAUGCGAUGCUAGCCACUGGAAAAACCUCUGCAUUCCUGAUAUGUGCACUGAAGAAAGAGUGUGGCGAAUCAGGAACUCCAGAAGCACCGUCUCCAGCGCGAAAGCGACGUCACAUACGGGGUCUCGAGUGCAUGCACUGCGGCCGGCUUUCAUGCCUCAUCACGGCUAGCUUCGAGGUGCUUCAUUUUUCCCCUUAGUUAAGGGCUGACCGUGACCGUCCGCUCCGCAGUCUUGAGCAACAUGACAUAAGCAAUGUUGAAAAAGCUCUGGCGGGUCCAGAAGUCGAAUUGCGCCUUUGCGUGUCUCGUGAAAACCGACGAACUUGUGUCAGCCUGCAUACACUCAGUGUGGUCACUCACUUUUACGUGGCAUUCCGCUGCACAUGGUAAACACACAAACCGGGUGCUCCUGCAUGCGAAACAACGAGUUUGCCAAGCACCCGUUCAUUGGGACAAAUAGCGUUUCGUGUAGCUUCACCGUAUAAGCUUGAGGGAACGGGAACUGACAAUUUUCAAUCCUCCGAGGGCUGAGAUACGGCAUCGCACGCGUCUCGUCUCAAUUCAAAAGUUGGGUGGGCAGUCUCGCAGCAGCAAAACUGCAGUCUGUGCCCACUGAGAACAAAAGAUAAGGGUUGUCGAAGACUUAUCGAGAUAAUGGAAAAGCCCCGUUAGAGGAGUCCGUCUUGCCGUGUGAGUUGCAAACUGUCCGAGUGGCUGGAAGGGGUAGUCGGGAUUAAAACAGAUGUAUAGAAGCACGUCCCAUGAUAAUGCAGUUUGGAAGCCUCAGCUGGAUCCGAAGUUUGCAUAUUUUUCGUUUGGCGACAUACCCGAGUCGGGGUCGGUUUUCGUCGCUUGAAGAACCCUGCCACUCAUAAUGAAACCUCUCAAAUCGCUGAAACAUCGAGCAAUUUACGCUGUUCUGUCUGUAAUUCUUUUCCACGAAGCCGUUGUAUAUGGUGUAGAUUCCAUCUCACCAGGAGCGGAACGUGGGCAGGCAAGGCUGCGCGAGCAUGUAGAAAAAAAGGAAGGAUCAACAGUCAUCAAGGGGGAGAACGACAAUGGCAUUGUUACCACCUCUACAGACGACGUGCGGUGCGAUCCCACGUGGCACGGCAUUGCGCCCUCAGCAGCAUAUGAAAUUGUUUUCACAACCAGAGAGGCUCUUUCACAAAUGGGUAUAGACAGGCAUCACGGGAGUGUUGACACGGCGUUCAGAAAUCAGGCGCGUAUCCCGUCGGUGUACGAUAUGUUUGAUACCAAGACUGUCGAAGCUUAUGAGCAUUAUCUGAAUGCUCAAGGCUACGUUCUUCAAACAGCGGAGCAGGUUGUCCUGACGAGCGCGCAGGGGACCUUUAUCGAUUGCGGGAUUUGUGCUGCCGAAGCUGUGUACAGCUUUGUCCAGCUGUUGUCUGUGGAUGAAGAUGAUGAAGGUCCUACUGCGUACCAUUUCGCACCGCUCCAUUAUCCUAGCUGGAAAUUUCAGCCCAUUCUAAUUUCCGUCCCUCCAACGUCUUUGGCCAUCCCCAAGAACGUGGAGCUAACAGUUGAUGCGGUUGGCAUAUUAGCUUGUGUCAGCCCAGGACAUCAGCCAGUCUUUUUUCUCAACCCGUUGCAAACGGGUAGUCAAGCACCAGUCUUCCGCAAGGGCCCGUUCGACGAACAUGUGGAAGUCGUUCGUGUCCAGGCAUUUCGUAGUCUCCAACCAGACACUUUCGUGUUGGAGGCUACACUGCCUAUUCGGCGGAACACUCCGGUUGCCGCUCACGUGAUGAGAGAAGGGACGAAUCUCGUCUAUUUCGCUACUGUCACCGGCCCCCCUAUUCUGCAAAGUGCCAUGGUCCUUGGUUCCUUCACCGCUAACCCAGAAUGCUCGCUGAAAAGGAAUACACCAACUGGCGCUGUUCGUCUUCACUGUGAGACGUGGGAUACCCUCGUCAAGCGUACUGCCGAUCGGUGGCUCCAUCGGCGUCAGCAGAAGUCGCGCAAAUCCUGGAUUAUCGGCGGUUUUUUGGGAGCGGCAGCACUUGUGUCAUUGGGGUUGUUAGUAAGAGGGUGCACACAUGAUAUUCGCAGGGGAGUCGGUUUGUGGAAUUUCAUUCUUGGGCGCAUACCCGAAAGGCGAAGAGAGAGGUUCGGGGUAGUGAAUCCGUCUGGCGUAAGUGGACAUAUGAAUCCCUACAACAUGGCGGCGGCCGCCGGUGUGUCGCUGGCGAGCAUAGGCCUUGGUGGUCGCGCUGCCAGAACUGCUGUACGGAUGUCUGGACUCACACACGCUGCAAGAGGCAUUUUGCUAAGAGGAGGUGGGCUUCACGGGGCAGCAGCAACUUCCAUAGUAGCGGGCUUGAUAGGGAUAUACUACGGAAUUCGAGGCGCCAAGAGACAAAUUACUCAACGACGAACGCAACAGCAGCUGAAUCGCGGAGUUGGCGGCAUGAUAAAAGCAGUGAAGGUACCUGAAAAGUCGAAUCCAGAACAACUGAAGGCAGGCAUUCUAUUUGUAGUUUUGCAUUAAGCCGAUGAUGUUGGUGGCUUUCAAACUGCCGGGAUCCCCCUCGCGUACACUGGAGAUGUGAUUUCCGUCUACGUAAGAACCGGCAAGUGCUGGCGAGUUCUGCCUCGAGAAUUUGGGUUACAAAUAACAUAUGUGGUAAUGCGGCCCAGGUGUAUGCAGUGGUUGACAUUGCACGCAGAACCCGAGUUCCAGUCCGCGUCCCCCCAUUGUGGGCACGUCUCCGUUGCGUGGCACGCGAUAUGUUAGCGCACGGGAUCAACGGCUGUCCGUGACCAAGCAUUCGUCUUUUUUGAGGGGCAUCCUGAGCCCCCGCGGGCGGGGUAAAGCAGUGACUUUCGAAAAGGCGAAUCUGAUGACAACGGGAGUCCGUGCCCAGUUACAGCAUGAAUUCCGCACUCACCGUGCCACACGAAGUGGCUUUCGCCGGUUUCCCGGUGCUGCCUGCCUAAGCGUGAAAACAGAUUCAACACAAGCUGAGCGAUAUUUACCAGGUGAAUGGAAAGAUUUCAUGCCGGAAAUAGAGUGAAGGAAGAAUUUUUGAACAGUAUUUUAUAGUACACUGGCGCGCAAGGGCGCAGCGCCUGUCGUGACAGACAGUUCAAGGAGUGGGAACUAGAUCUGCCCUUCAGAUGCCGGACAACUUCUUGAGUGCAAACGAACUCAUUUCCGUUGGCUAGCUAGGCUAAGAAGGCGUGAAACAAGAUAGAAGUACCCAUUUGGCAUUUCCAUGUGACGGGGUCGAUGCGAAAAGUCUGCCGAUGCGACUGGAGAUAUCUUUGAGGACUCCUGACGAGCACCCAUUUGAAUGGUGAGGGUGGCCGCAUGUGGUGGCAUCUGCGUGGUUGGCGCCAGAGAGAUGAGAAUCCAUUUCUCUUUUAAUUUACUUUUUGAUGUGUAUAAGGACCCAGGAGCGACCAGGUGUCCCGCUGCUGGCUAACACUGUAGCAGAUCUGGUUCGCGAGUACGGUGUUCUGUCGACAGGCUCGGGUGAAAACACGGCAUUUUGCCGUUUGCACGCAAUUCUUUCAAUGAAGAUGUCACUAUGUUGGCAUUUGGCUACGUGGAAAGGAUGCUUACUGGUAUAAAGAAACACAAGCCACGAACUGCCGGUUGACGAAACUGUUGUUUUUCACAAGUUUUCCACUAGUCGCACGCUGGGCCCUCAGCAAAAGCGGAACGAUACACAGAUGCCUUUGUUGUAAAUACGGAGAGGAUUUAUGACACAGCAGCCGGGUGAUUCUGUUGAUGCCUCAUUUGAGGUUUCGUUUCUGUUGAAAAGUGGCCUUCAGGAUUGCGGGGGAAGCGUCGUUGGGGGGAGAACCGGUGUGGUUCGAGUGAUGCUUUUUUUCUUCACAUCCUUGCGUUCAUGGGCAGUUUUCGAAUCGCUUCCAAAAGUGACUGCAAUUUUCUUCAGACUCAACCGGCCGAGAGGGCGUGGGUUAAGCAUGUCGGGAUGAGCUGAUAGUAGCCGAUCUGUGGCAUUGUUCGACCGCCUUAUGUCAUCAGGAGCAUCCAGAGGAAAGUACUCGCAUACCUGAAUGGUCAUGCUCAACUCAACAUGACGAUCCUUCUUCGUUGACGGCGUGGGCAGCGUUGAGUCUUCAGGCUUGGCCGUUGUGUCGCAGGGGACAUCGCUUUGAAGAGAAUCUUUGAGCGCGAUAUAGGGCUUGACCCUACAGGGGGCUUGGACUAUUUUCGUACUCAGAGGCAACGCCAGCGGCAUGGGUGUCACCCGAGACAUUGGAAGCACAGUUUCUUCGUGGCGUGUUCGGUUUGGAACUGUCUUCGACACAGCUGGAUUCGCUGCAGGGGCGGAGAAACUACUCAAAGGCCGCGCGCGAACCCCUAGGAGCCGAGGGUCGCUUAUCAGGUUCGUGAUAGAGGGCGUGAACGGGCGCGCCGGCGACGAGUAGUGUUGGAUGUAGCGAAGGGACCGCCUCGAACGUGGUAUAGGAGAAAAUAAUGGGUACUUCCGAAGACAUGGCUCACCAGGUGACGAAGAUUGCCCUCUCGUGAACUGCAAAACAGGAAAACACUAACGUGUCUAACUGAAACUAGUAUGGACACGGACCUCUGCAGGUAGUGUAAAGGAUCAACGUCCAAAUCAAGGUCGUUUCUUUAGCAGACACGCGACACAGGGCUCUUCGUCAACGUUAUCCUCAUAUAAAAGAUUACGGAGCUACACUGAAUGACUGUGCAGAAAGCAAGUGUCUUGAACUGAGCAGUUGGUGAGGUGCUUACGAAUCUGAGGACGAUAUUCUUCAACAGACUGCCCAGCUUGGCAGCUCCACGCAGCUGCUUCCUGAGGUCAGGCAUUGGAUGAACCAUCACAUGCUAGCUGACGUGAGCGGUGGAGAGGAUGUGACCGCCACUGCUAAAGCUCCGCUGCUGCCGGAUGAAAAAUUUGAUGGACUCGUACAGACGUGAAAGCAGAAGACGCCGGUAAAAAGAAAGACUUCCAAUCGAACGCCAUUCAAUUACAACUUGCUGGAACUGUUGAAAUAAUGGCGACGUCGGCACUUGAUGAGCAAACCCCCGUUUCGAGGUCUGGAUGGGGAUGCUCGUGAGCCUCAAGACAACUUUAUCCCCUGCGCCGAAGAAUGUUUCUGCGGCCACCAGCCGGUAACGUUUGAAGAACUUUCACUGCAGACGGUAGACAACGGGUGAACCCGCCAUCACGACAAUCACACAGGAGACGGAUAGAAAAUGGAAGGUGGUCUCAUUGACUAUGAUUUAUUUCCUUCAGCUUUUGUAACGAUGUAGACUGGAAACACACUUGUGGUCGACAUGUUGUUUCCUUGCUAGAUCACGAUGAGCAACCUUCCGACAUAGAUCGUCUAACGAAAGUACCAGAACAUCGAAUGGUCCGCUCAGUGCCACUCCCCUAGCCAGGGUCCAGUCGACAUGAUCAGUGAACGCCUGUGUUGUCCGUUGGGAGACCAAAGAAAGCAUCUGCGAUAGCCUAACUCUCGUACUCGCUUUCCAGUACGCAUGUCUGAGCUGGCCUGGCAAAAUAACCGCCGUCCGAGA